AUGGACGACCUUAAGAAUGGCGAUGGCGGUGUCAUGGUCACGCACGAGCAUAUCGCUGUCAGCGAGGGCUCGGGAGUGACCGCAAACAAAGCUGGUGCCAAAGCCAAGGAGGUUCAUAACGCCGAACUAUUCGCUGCCCUUCAAGAGACGAAGAUUCAUCCGUGGAGCAAGACAUCGUUGCACCUCUACUUCGCUAUAUUCACGGCCUUCCUCUGUGCAUGUGCAAAUGGAUACGAUGGGUCCUUAUUGACAGGUGUGGUCGCCAUGCCUCACUUCCAAGACACCUUCAAGUGUGGGACAACGGGUCCUACGGUAUCUCUAAUGUUUAGUCUGUACACUGUCGGCGCCAUGGUUGGAUCCCCCUUCGCUGCGAUGCUAUCAGACAGAUGGGGUCGUAGGAUUGCCAUGUUCUGGGGAGCAGUAGUCAUUAUCGUCGGCGUCGUCAUCAUCUCAACGAGCAGCACAAUACCACAGUUCGUCGUCGGCAGAUUCAUACUCGGCUUGGGCAUCAGUAUAAUGACUGUCGGGGCCCCCGCUUACGCAGUAGAGAUCAGCCCUCCACACUGGCGUGGCCGGGCUACUGGUUUCUACAAUUGCGGAUGGUUCGGAGGAUCGAUCCCAGCGGCCGCCGUCGUCUUCGGCUGCAACAACAUCGACAGCAACUGGUCCUGGAGAAUCCCCCUGAUCGUUCAGGGCGCCGCCUGUAUCUUCGUGAUGUUCGCAGUGUUUUUCAUCCCAGAGUCCCCCAGGUUCCUGAUCGCAAACGGCCACGACGGAAAGGCCAUGGACUUUUUAGCCAAGUAUCACGGCAACGGAGAUCGCAACUCUCGACUCGUGCUGCUGGAGAUCGAGGAGAUGAGGGAGAACAUCCGCACCGACGGCAUCGAUAAGAGACCGUGGGACUACCGACCCUUGGCCUUGACCCACAACGGCCGCUGGAGGAUGGCUCAAGUGCUCAUGAUUUCAAUCUUCGGGCAGUUUUCAGGUAACGGACUGGGUUACUUCAAUACCACGAUCUUCAAGAACAUUGGAGUCACCAGCGUACCGGCGCAGUUGGGAUACAAUCUCCUGAACUCGUUCCUGUCGGCUGUGGGAGCUUUGUCCGCGGUUGCCUUUACUGACCGGAUGCCUCGCCGGAAAGUCCUCGUCUUUGGAACGUUCGCCUGCGCAUGUGCUCUUGCUGUCAACUCCGGCCUUUCCGCCGCCCUGGCCGGGCAGGGAGAGCACGUCCAGACCUCCUAUGCCAAAGGAGCUCUCGCCUCGUACUUUUUGUUCAACAUAGUAUUUUCUUUCACCUAUACGCCCCUGCAAGGAGUCAUUCCCACCGAGGCCCUAGAGACGACAAUGCGAGCCAAGGGUCUUGCUGCAAGCGGAUUCCUCGUGAAUGCUGUUGGUUUCAUCAACCAGUUCGCCGGCCCCAUCGCUCUUCAGAACAUAGGCUACAAGUACAUUUAUGUAUUCGUUGGCUGGGAUUUGGUAGAGACCGCCGCUUGGUACAUGUUUGGAGUUGAGAGUCAGGGCCGUACGCUUGAGCAACUGGAAUGGGUCUACGACCAGCCUAACCCUGUCAAGGCGUCGCUCAAGGUUGACAAGGUCAUUGUGCAGGCGGAUGGAAAGGUUACCGAGAAGGUGGUAUCAGAACUUUGA